CAACUCAUUUCAACCAUGGAAGACUACUUGUUCUACAUAUCCCUCUCCCUUAUCUUCCUGUUCUUCACCUUCAAAUUCCUCCUCGAGAGAAAACGACCUCAACAUAACCUACCACCAAGCCCACCUUUCCUCCCAAUCAUCGGCCACCUCCAUCUCCUUAAUUUCCCAGUCCACCGAACCUUACACCGCCUCUCCCAAAAACAUGGCCCCAUAUUCUCCCUCUGGUUCGGCUCACGCCGCGUGGUCAUAGUCUCCUCCUCGUCCGCAAUUCAGGAAUGCUUCACCAAAAAUGACAUCGUCCUAGCCAACCGCCCUCGUUUGCUCAUGGGCAAGCACAUAGGCUACAACUACACCACCGUAGUCGCUUCUCCAUAUGGCGAUCACUGGCGCAACCUCCGCCGGAUUAGUGCCAUCGAAAUCUUCUCCACUGCUCGACUCAAUACAUCCUCGAACAUCCGAAAGGAAGAGGUCAAACACUUAUUACUUAAACUCUCAAAAAACUUCCGUGAUCAUUUUGCAAAGGUCGAGCUCAAGUCUAUGUUUUCAGAGCUGACGUUUAACAACAUAAUGACGAUGGUGGCGGGGAAGAGGUACUACGGCAAUGACGCGUCGGUUGACAAAGAGGAGGCGAAGCAAUUUAGGCAGAUUAUGAAGGAGGCUUUUGCUCAUAGUGGGGCGGCCAACCCAGCCGAUUUUUUGCCCAUUUUGAACUGGGUUGGGAGCGAUGCGUAUGAGAAGAGGGUUAUGAGGUUGGCUAAGAUGACCGAUGCGUUUUUGCAAGGUCUCAUCGAUGAGCACAGGAACAAGAAGGGUAGAAAUACUAGUACCAUGAUUGAUCAUUUGCUUUCUCUUCAGGAGUCACAGCCUAAGUAUUACACUGAUCAAAUCAUCAAGGGACUUAUUCUGGUUAUGCUGUUGGCGGGUACUGAUACAUCAGCUGUUACAUUAGAAUGGGCUAUGUCGAAUUUGCUUAACCAUCCGCGUGUGCUAAAAAAGGCUAGAGCCGAAAUGGAUGCUCAAUUGGGUCAAGAGCACUUGGUGGAAGAACCAGAUAUCUCUAAACUACCAUACCUGCAAAGCAUUGUCUCUGAGACCUUUCGAUUAUGCCCAGCGGCGCCACUGCUAGUUCCACAUCUUUCAUCCGAAGACUGUACUAUUGGAGGAUUUGACGUGCCGCGUGACACAAUAGUAUUGAUCAAUGCAUGGGCCAUACACAGGGACCCAAAGUUGUGGGACGAUCCUGAAAGCUUCAAGCCUGAGAGGUUCGAAAGCGGUGAGGAUAUGUCGCAUAAGCUUAUGCCAUUUGGAUCGGGAAGAAGGGCUUGUCCAGGAGCAGGACUCGCCCAACGUGUGGUGGGAUUGACUUUAGGGUCAUUGAUCCAAUGUUUCGAGUGGGAGAGAGUUGGCGAGGAGGAGGUUGAUAUGACGGAAGGUAAAGGACUCACCAUGCCUAAAGCUGUGCCAUUGGAGGCCAUGUGUAAAGCACGCUCAAUUGUAAACAAAGUAAUUAUAUCUUAAAUUAUAUAAAUAAUUUAGUAUUGUAUUAGCAAAAGAGGGAAGCUGCAAGACUUAGUUAAUGAUCUUUGUCUACUUAAUUGAUAUACCAUUCCUAUUCCCCAUUUCCAUUUUCAACA